CAACCCGCUUAUAAUAGUGCAGGGUGCCCAGAGCUCAUCCCCCCAUUAGUCAGGCAGCUCUCCAGUGCCAUCAUGGAGGCGAUCAAGAAGAAAAUGCAGAUGCUGAAGCUGGAUAAGGAGAAUGCGUUGGACCGGGCCGAACAGGCAGAGACUGAGCAGAAGCAGGUGGAGGAGAAAAGCAAGCAGCUGGAGGACGAGCUGCUCUCCAUGCAGAAGAGGCUGAAGGGGACGGAGGAUGAGCUGGAUAAGUAUUCCGAGGCCCUGAAAAACGCGCAGGAGAAGCUGGAGGUGGCGGAGAAGAAGGCGGCUGAUGCUGAAGCCGAGGUUGCGUCCCUGAAUCGCCGAAUCCAGCUGGUGGAGGAAGAACUGGACAGGGCCCAGGAACGUCUCUCCACCGCUCUGCAGAAGCUGGAGGAGGCAGAGAAGUCAGCAGAUGAGAGUGAGAGAGGGAUGAAAGUAAUUGAGAACAGAGCCCUAAAGGAUGAGGAAAAGAUGGAACUGCAAGAAAUCCAGCUGAAGGAGGCCAAGCAUAUAGCGGAGGAGGCGGACAGGAAGUACGAGGAGGUGGCGCGGAAGCUGGUGAUCAUUGAGGGGGAUCUGGAGCGUACAGAGGAGAGAGCAGAAAUCGCUGAAUCCAAAUGCGCCGAGCUCGAGGGGGAGCUGAAAAAUGUCACCAACAACCUGAAGUCUUUGGAGGCUCAGGCGGAGAAGUAUUCUCAAAAGGAAGAUAAAUAUGAGGAGGAAAUUAAGAUUAUGACAGACAAGCUAAAAGAGGCAGAAACUAGAGCAGAGUUUGCCGAGCGCUCAGUUGCCAAGCUUGAGAAGACCGUCGAUGAUCUGGAAGAUAAGCUGCGCUGUACCAAGGAGGAGAACUCCAAGAUACACUCCACGCUGAACGACACCCUGCUGGAAUUGCACAACUUGUAGGCGAGAUCAGCCAGCCGCCGCUCCCUCCUGCACCUCUCCCUGCCGCUGACUGGACCCUGCUUCUGUCAGUCUACUGCCAAGCCAGCUGCCCGCCCGCUCCUUGUGGACCAAGCUAUUAUCACUAAGAAUAUUACAAUGUUGAACAUUCCUGUGCGCUGUGAAGGCCGCCCUGUCUCCCUGCGUUCCCCCCACUCUGAUGCCCACGUGCCUGGUGCCUAAUAAAGUCUGUAUGAGAAAUGCUCAGAUUAUUCCCUCUCGCUCAGCGCACCCUUCCCCAAAUAAAAACACCUUCCACUCUAAAGAGAAAAAUGAAACUGCGGACUUUAUGGUCUAGAUGCUGCUGUUGUCCUCUACCCGGUGCCAUAUUUAAGGGUUUUUAUCUGCAACCCUUUUUACCAAAAUCCCAGUACAUCUCAGACACGCCUGGUUAUUGCAUGGGGGAUGGCAUAUCUUCUCCAUGGUGACAUUGUGUGCACUGUUGGACUAAGACCCCCUUUUUCAGGGUAUAGGGAUCAGUAUUUGCUGUUACUGUAUACUAUUUCUAAUUAAACCCCACACUGGAUCUGCAGUGCCAUCUAGAUUAGAUCUGCUGGAAUAAUAGCGGCAUCUUCCAAAGUUUUUGUAUGGGAUUGUCCUAGUACCGCUGGCAUACGGUGGCCCUGCGUAGUCUCUGAUGCGUCUGUACUAAGUGCCACCGUCCGUCACCAUGUCUCGUCAUACGGGGCUCCGUUGGUUGGCCGGGGGGGGGGGGGGGGGAGACGUGGGAGGGUGGAAACUUUGCUUUGGAGCAAUUACAAAACAAUAAAUUCAUGUGCCACUUUUCCAAUGACUGCCUUGGUGUUGUGUCUGCGGGGGAGCUGUCGUGUCUUCAUUAGCAUGGCGGAUCACAAGGUGAAAUAGGGUUUUUUCCCCCUAUGUCUGGUUUUAACAAUUUGUUUUUAUUUUGAGCUUCCAUAUACAUCAAUAAAGUAAGGCUGCUACGUG